AUGAAGAACAACCAAGAGUAUUGUUUGCCAGAAUCCAUCACUUUCCCCGGGAAACCCUCCCCUUUUGCAGCAGAAUGUUGGUUCGACGAUGCUUGCAUUCUCGACAUGGACUACUUUGUCAAAACCCUAGCCGGAAUUAAGGCGAAAGGCGUACGUCCCGACCUCAUCGGCUCAAUUAUCACCCACUACGCCUCAAAAUGGCUUCCGGACCUCUCGGGCGAUGUCUUCUCCGACCAAAAGAGCAGCCUGACCAACUUUGAUUCCUCCCCGGAAAGCGUUACCGCCUUGUGGAUGAGAAAAAGGUUCUUUGUCGAAACCCUAGUCGGGGUUCUGCCUCCGGAGAAGGACUGCAUGCCGUGCAACUUCCUCCUCCGGCUGCUCAGGACCGCCAACAUGGUGGGGGUCGAGCCCUCUUAUCGAGCAGAGCUGGAGAAAAGGAUAUCGUGGCAGCUAGACCAAGCGUCUCUAAAGGAACUCAUGAUUCCUUCUUUUAUUCACACUUGCGGAACAUUAUUGGAUGUUGAGCUUGUUAUUAGGUUGGUGAAGAGGUUUGUGAACCUGGACGAGUCUGCUGCUAAAAGUGGAGCUGCCAUGUUGAAGGUGGCGAAGCUCGUUGACUGUUACCUUGCUGAGGCCGCUGUGGAUGUGAAUCUGAGCUUGCCGGAGUUUGUGGCCCUCGCUGGAACUCUGCCUAGCCAUGCUCGAGCCACAGAUGAUGGGUUAUACCGAGCCGUUGAUACUUAUCUCAAAGCACAUCCUGGAGUAUCCAAGCCUGAUCGCAAGAGUGUCUGCAGACUAAUUGACAGUCGAAAGCUCUCCCCUGAGGCAUCUCUUCAUGCUGCUCAUAAUGAACGCUUGCCGGUCCGAGCUGUAAUCCAAGUUCUCUUCGCCGAGCAAACCAAGCUCCACAGGAACAUCGACUGGAGUGGCUCGUUCAACGGCAGUGUCCGAAGCCCAAGCACCUUAGCAGAUCUAGGCGCAACCAGAUGCCACUCAAGGCGAGACAUGUCGAAUCUGCAUAGCCAGGUAAGGAGCUUGAAAGAUGAGGUGCUUAGGCUACAACGUCAGUGCAACUCAAUGCAAAUGCAGAUGGAGAGAAAAUCCAGGGAGAAAAAGAAAGGGAUUUUUAAGUGGAAUGUUUUUGGAAUGCCUUCAUUUAAGAGUGGGAGUGGUAUGGUGAGGCUUAAUGAGGGUGGAGAAGGGGAGGUUGGGUAUGGGAAGCAAACGCCGGCUAUUGAUAUGAAGACCAAGUUGGUUAAAGGUAGAGUUACUCCAAAGUGGAGGAAUUCCAUGUCUUGAAUGCUGAGGGGAGUUGGGAAUUGGCUAGUUCUUUUCGUGCUUCUUUCAGUUAUGGGACUAAUGAUCUAUGUUGUAUGU